AUGUUCUCCAUUUCUUCCCGGAGCGCCUGCAUGCGGAUGUACUUGUUCGCCAGGUCGAAAUCGUCCCAUACUUCAGGAGCAUCGUUGCCCAAGCACAAGCGUCAGCGUACACCUUCGAAGAAAUCGCCUGAGCCACCUUCCCCAGACUCGCCUGGUAAUGCACACAAUGCUCAUGAAGCCUCUAAGCCCGCAAAGAGGCUUCGCAACGUGAAGAGUGACUACAAGUUUGGAUAUUCAGACAGAGAACGCAAAGCACUAUUCUUACAAGGGAUCAACCCUGAUGAUGAGGACGAGGUUGACAUGAAGAAGAUCUAUGGCCCAUGCGCACAUUUAUCUCCAACAGAGGCGACCCGUUGGACUCCUCCUCCAAUGGCAGAGGGUCAUCGCGGGCGGUAUUUGUGGACGGACGCCUUCGGCGUCCUCAAUUUCAUCACCCUAGCGUCACUGACCACGAACCCAGUAUACAACACCCUAGCUGAUCGCCUCAUCGACACCGUUCACGGGAUCCUCGGGCGUACGCGAGACGGGAUGCACCGACUGCCAGGCGCAACGGAUGAACAUCCGCUCGCGGGCGGAUUGCGUAUUGGAAAGGAGGACGAAGAGGACGACCCAGGAGGAGACGGUGAUGGACAGUACCAUCACUAUCUGACGAUUUGGAUGUUCGCGCUCAACCGCAUGUCGCUCGCCGCGAAGGAAAGACGAUACAAUGAUCUCGCCAUUGAGCUGGCGAAGGCCAUACAUCCUCGGUUCGUGUGGGAUAGAGACUCGCCACGGCCGAGGAUGUAUUGGAAGAUGAGCAUCGACAUGAGUCGGCCAAUGGUACAGUCUGAAGGCAAUCUCGAUCCAAUCGAUGGCUAUGUGGUGUACAGUCUCCUUCAGCGGUCCAACAAGGACGACACCUACAUCCUCGCACAGGAAGUAAGCGAGUACAAGAAAAUCCUGGACACCAAGUGGCGACAUUACGUUUCGGAUGACCCCCUCGACCUCGGUAUGACCUUGUGGACAGCUCACUGGUUCGACGGUGAAGAGGAGUGGGCCACACAACUCACUAGACGGGCACUGACUUGUCUCCAUGCUCUCUUUGAUCAUGGGUAUUUCGACGAGCCGGUAGCAUAUCGCUUAGCCUUUCGCGAGUUCGGGACCUGCAUGGGUAUACAGUGCCACCUCGAACGGCAUGGCGGGAAUGCGGCCCCGCGGGAAUCUCGGUAUUGGGAAGAUUGUUUGGAGAAGGUAUUGUCCACAUGGGAGCCAAGAGUCAACGCAUCCCCCCCUGCAACGCGAGAGAAGCUGGUUCCUAUCACAAUGGUUAUGUACUGCAGUGCAUUGGUUCCCGGAGCCUUCGCUAAGGGGUUCUUCGGCGAAGAGUGA